GGGGAGGCUGAAGGUGACCAGAGACUAAGGGAAGAGCCGCUGUUGGACAACUGAGAGUUUUAUCCAAGGACUGCACUUCUCCAUGAGGAGAAGCCAGAGGAGGACUCAUAAGUUGCAAUUCUAAGCCAUGCCUUGUAGGUUGGUGUUGUUCAAGGAUGUGGCCGUAGACUUCUCUCAGGAGGAGUGGGAGUGCCUGGACUUGGAACAGAAAGAUUUGUACAGAGAUGUGAUGUUGGAAAACUAUAGCAACCUGGUCUCACUGGGAUUUUCCAUUUCUAGAGCAGAUGUGCUUUCCUUAUUGAAGCAAGGGAAAGAGCCCUGGAAGGUUGUGCAGGAUGUGACAAGAAGUCAGAGUUCAGACUGGGAAUCCAGGUGUGAGACCAAAAAGCUGUCCUCAAAGAGAGGAAUAUAUGAAAUAGAAUCAUCUCAAUGGGAGAUAAUAGAACAGCUCACAAGACAUAAGUGUGAGUGUAAAAGUUUUCAAGAUGAUAGGGAAUGCAAAGACCAGAUUGAAAGCCAAUUAGGAAAUAAAGAGGGACUUUUCAGGCAACUAUUAAUCACUUGUAAAGAAAUUCCCAAUUUUAGCCAGACCACAUCCCUCACAUUAAAACGAAGAAUUCAUUUUCUGGAGAAAUCCUAUGAAUGUAAAGCAUGCAGAAAAUACUUUAUCCGUGGCUUUCAACUUACAGAACAUCAGAAAGUUCAUUCCAAUGAAAAAUUCUAUGAAUGUAAAGAAUGUGGAAAGGCCUUUAUUCGGGGCUCAGAACUUACUUACCAUCAGAGAGUUCAUGUUAAGAAACCCUAUGAAUGUAAGGAAUGUGGAAAAGCCUUUAUUUGUGCCUCACAGCUUACUUAUCAUCAAAGAAUUCAUACUGGGGAGAAACCUUAUAAAUGUAAAGAGUGUGGGAAGGCCUUUAUUCGUGGCUCUCAUCUUACCCAACAUCAAAGAAUUCAUACUGGUGAAAGACCCUAUGAAUGUAAUGAAUGUGGUAAGGCCUUUUUUCGUGGCUCUCAACUUACUUACCAUCAGAGAGUUCAUACUGCAGAGAAACCCUAUCAAUGUAAAGAAUGUGGAAAGGCCUUUAUUCGUGGCUCCCAACUUACUGAACAUCAGAGAAUUCAUACAGGUGAGAAACCUUAUGAAUGUAAGAAAUGUGGGAAAGCCUUUAGUUACGGCUCACAGCUUACUCUACAUCACAGACUUCAUACUGGCGAAAAACCCUAUAAAUGUAAAGAUUGUGAGAUGUCCUUUAUUCGUGGCUCACAACUUACUGAACAUCAGAGGAUUCAUACAGGUAGGAAACCACAUGAAUGUAAGCAGUGUGGAAAGGCCUUUAACUAUGGCUCACAGCUUAUUCGACAUCAGAGGAUUCAUACUGGUGAGAAACCCUAUGAAUGCCAAGAAUGUGGGAAAUCAUUUUUUCGUGGCUCACAACUUACUGAACAUCAAAAAAUUCACACUGGUGAAAAACCUUUUGAAUGUAAGGAAUGUGGGAAAGCCUUUAUUCGUGGCUCACAUCUUACUCAGCAUCAGAGGAUUCAUACUGGUGAAAAACCCUAUGAAUGUAAAGAGUGUGGGAAGGCCUUUAUUUAUAGCUCACAGCUGACUCAACAUCAGAGAAUUCAUACAGGUGAGAAUCCCUGUGAAUGUAAGCAGUGUGGGAAGAUCUUUAUUUGUGCCUCACAACUUACUCUACAUCAGAUUUCUCAUUCUGGUAGGAAACCAUAUGAAUGUAAGGAAUGUGGUAAGGCUUUUAUUCGUGGCUCACAGCUAACUUACCAUCAGAGAGUUCAUACUGGUGAGAAGCCCUAUGCGUGUAAUGAAUGUGGGAAAGCCUUUAUUCGUGGUUCACAUCUUACUCAGCACCAGAGAAUUCAUACUGGUGAGAAACCAUACAAAUGUCAUGAAUGUGGGAAGGCCUUUAAUCGUGGCUCACAACUUACUCAACAUCGGAGAAUUCAUUCUGGUGAAAAGCCUUAUAAAUGUAAUGAAUGUGGUAAGGACUUUAGACACUCCUCACACCUAACUCAACAUCAUAGUAUUCAUACUGGUGAAAAACCCUAUGAAUGUAAGCAAUGUGGGAAGGCCUUUAGUCGUGAUUCACAGCUCAUUCUUCAUCAGAGACUUCAUACUGGUGAGAAACCCUAUGCAUGCAAGGAAUGUGGGAAGGCCUUUACUCAGAGCUCACAACUUAUUUUACAUCACAGAAUUCAUACUGGUGAAAAACCGUAUAAAUGUGAAGAAUGUGGGAAAGCCUUUAUUCGUAGCUCACAACUCACCCGACAUCAAAAAGUCCAUACUGGUGAGAAACCUUAUGAAUGUAAAGAAUGUGGGAAGGCCUUUACUCAGAACUCACAACUUACUCUGCACCAGAGACUUCAUACUGGUGAGAAACUCUAUGAAUGUAAAGAAUGUAGAAAGGUCUUUACUCAGCUCUCACAACUUAUUUUGCAUAAGAGAAUUCACACUGGUGAAAAACCUUAUGAAUGUAAGGAAUGUGGGAAAGCUUUUAUUUGUGGCUCACAGCUUUCUCAACAUCAGAAAAUUCACAAUGGGGAAAAGCCAUAUGAAUGUAAGGAAUGUGGAAAGGCCUUUAUUCGUGGCUCUUUGCUUAUGCAACAUCAGAGGAUUCAUACUGGGGAAAAGCCCUAUAAAUGUGACGAAUGUGGGAAAGCCUUUAUCCGUGGCUCACAACUUACUCAACACCAGAGAAUUCAUACCAAUGAGAAGCCCUAUGAAUGUAAGGAAUGUGGAAAGACCUUUAGUCAUGGCUCACAACUUACUCAACAUCAGAGAAUUCAUACUGGUGAGAAACCCUAUCAAUGUAAGGAAUGUGGAAAGGCUUUUAAUCGUGGCUCACUCCUUACUCGACAUCAAAGGAUUCAUACUGGUGAAAAACCCUAUGAAUGUAAAGAAUGUGGAAAGACGUUUAGUCGUGGCUCAGAACUUACUCAACAUGAGAGGAUUCACACCGGUGAGAAACCCUAUGAAUGUAAGGAAUGUGGAAAGUCUUUUAUUCGUGGCUCACAGCUUACUCAACAUCAGAGAAUUCAUACUGGUGAGAAACCGUAUGAAUGUAAAGAAUGUAGAAUGGCCUUUACUCAGAGUUCACAUCUUUCUCAACAUCAGAGACUUCAUACUGGUGAAAAACCAUAUGUAUGUAAUGAAUGUGGGAAGGCCUUUGCUCGUGGCUUGCUCCUUAUACAGCAUCAGAGAAUUCAUACGGGUGAGAAACCGUAUCAGUGUAAGGAAUGUGGGAAGGCCUUUAUUCGUGGUUCACAACUUACUCAACAUCAGCGAAUUCACACUGGAGAAAAGCCUUAUGAAUGCAAGGAAUGUGGGAAGGCCUUUAGUCAUGGCUCUCAACUUACUUUACAUCAAAGAAUUCAUACUGGUGAGAAGCCCUAUGAAUGCAAAGAAUGCAGAAAAGCAUUUACUCAGAGCUCACAUCUUUCUCGACAUCAGAGAGUUCAUACUGGUGAGAAACCCUAUCAAUGUAAGGAAUGUGGGAAGGCCUUUACUCGUGGUUCACAACUAACUCAACAUCAGAGAAUUCAUAUCAGUGAGAAAUCUUUUGAAUAUAAGGAAUGUGGGAUAGACUUCACUUGGGCUUCUAUUAAACAAUACCAUAAACCAUCCCAUCUUGCGGUAACCCCCUUUAAGUGUAAUCAUUGUGGGAAAGGAUUCAGUCAAACCUUGGACCUCAUCAGGCACCUGAGAAUUCAUACAGGAGAGAAACCUUAUGAAUGUAAAAAAUGUAGAAAAGCUUUCAGCCAGAAGGAAAAACUCAUUAAACAUCAUAAAAUUCAUAGUAGGGAGCAGGCUUAUGAAUGUAAUGAAUGUGGGAAAGCUUUCAUUAAAAUGUCAAAUCUCAUUAGACAUCAAAGAAUUCAUACUGGGGAGAAACCCUAUGCAUGUAAGGAAUGUGGGAAAUCCUUCAGCCAGAAAUCAAAUCUCAUUGAUCAUGAAAAAAUUCAUACUGGAGAGAAACCGUAUGAAUGUAAUGAAUGUGGGAAAGCAUUCAGCCAGAAGCAAAGCCUCACUGCACAUCAGAAAGUUCAUACCGGGGAGAAACCUUAUGCAUGUAAUGAAUGUGGUAAAGCCUUCCCUCGAAUUGCAUCCCUUGCUCUUCAUAUGAGAAGUCAUACAGGAGAAAAACCUUAUAAAUGUGAUAAAUGUGGAAAAGCCUUCUCUCAGUUUUCCAUGCUUAUUAUACAUGUAAGAAUUCAUACAGGUGAGAAACCCUAUGAAUGUAAUGAAUGUGGAAAAUCCUUCUCUCAAAGUUCAGCCCUUACUGUACAUAUGAGAAGUCAUACUGGUGAAAAACCUUAUGAAUGUAAGGAAUGUAGAAAAGCCUUCAGCCACAAGAAAAACUUCAUCACACACCAAAAGAUUCAUACUAGAGAAAAACCUUACGAAUGUAAUGAAUGUGGGAAAGCUUUCAUUCAGAUGUCAAAUCUUGUUAGACACCAGAGAAUUCACACUGGAGAAAAACCCUACAUAUGUAAGGAAUGUGGCAAAGCCUUUAGCCAGAAAUCAAAUCUCAUUGCCCAUGAAAAAAUUCAUUCUGGAGAGAAACCCUAUGAAUGUAAUGAAUGUGGUAAAGCCUUCAGCCAAAAACAAAACUUUAUUACACAUCAGAAAGUUCACACUGGAGAGAAACCUUAUGAUUGUAAUGAAUGUGGUAAAGCCUUUUCUCAAAUUGCAUCCCUUACUCUUCAUCUGAGAAGUCACACAGGAGAAAAGCCUUAUGAAUGUGAUAAAUGUGGGAAAGCCUUCUCUCAGUGCUCAUUGCUCAAUUUACAUAUGAGAAGUCAUACUGGUGAGAAGCCCUAUGUAUGUAAUGAAUGUGGAAAAGCUUUCUCUCAAAGAACUUCUCUUAUUGUGCACAUGAGAGGUCAUACAGGUGAGAAACCUUAUGAAUGUAAUAAAUGUGGAAAAGCCUUCUCUCAAAGCUCAUCCCUUACUAUACAUAUACGAGGUCAUACAGGUGAGAAACCCUUUGACUGUAGUAAAUGUGGAAAAGCCUUCUCUCAAAUCUCAUCUCUUACACUUCAUAUGAGAAAACAUACAGGUGAGAAGCCUUAUCAUUGUAAUGAGUGUGGUAAGGCUUUUAGCCAAAAGUCACACCUUGUUAGACACCAGAGAAUUCAUACUCAGUAG